AUGGCCGCCCACCAAGAUAAAAUCGAAUUCUUCGACAUUCCCGACAAGACGGGUAAUCACGCCUGGUCUCUCAACCCGUGGAAGACCCGCUUCGCCCUCAACUACAAAAACCUUCCCUACACCACCAAAUGGACCGAAUACCCCGACAUCGCCAACGCCCUCCGCGAUCACGUCCCGCCCGCCGGCCCCGAAGGUUCCACAACCGCCUACACCAGUCCCACCGUCAAAUUCCCCGACGGCACCUGGGUGAUGGACAGCAAAAAGAUUGCCCAAGCUCUCGAAGAGCGCUACCCAUCCCCUCAAUACCCCUCCCUGCACCUCGACUCCCCCGUCCUCGCCAAGCUCGAACCCCUCGUCAACCCGGGCCUGCUAAAGAAGGUUAUCGGGAUUUUCGUCCCCAGCGUCGCGAAGCGUGUCCUCGCCCCCGUCAGCGCGGAGUAUUUCACCAGGACGAGACAGGAAGCGUUUGGCAUGUCGAUCGAAGAGCUGGAGAGGACGCAGGGCGAUAGGGAGGAGGUUUAUUCAUCGCAAAAGGGCAUCAGGGAUGAGCUGAAGCAGGUCACGGAUCUGCUGAACGAGACUAAAGACCAGGGGCCGUUUUUUGAGGGAGAUAAGCCGACUUAUGCGGAUUUUGUGUGGGCGGGGUUCUUGAUCUUUAUGCGCAAGGCGGAUGAGGAAGGGUUUGAGAAGCUGCUGGAGGCUACGGGCGAUAGGGAGGCGCAUGUGAGGUUUCUGGAGGCGGUGAAGCCUUGGGCUGAUGAUAGUAUAUGA